AUGGCAAGCUUCACUUCGCUGAUUUCAUUUGUUCUACUAUUUCUGCUAUUUGCUGCAACAUUCAAGAAAAGCGUGGAUAGUACAAACUUGGCUGUCCGUUGCAAUGAAGAUGAUAGAAGGUUGCUCUCGAUCUUCAAACAAGGAGUGGUAGAUCCAGAAAACCAACUCUCUUCUUGGACUGUGGAAGAUGAUUGCUGUUCGUGGGUGGGAGUUUACUGUGACAACAUCACAGGAAGGGUUACGGAGCUUAAUCUUUUCGAUUAUAUAUUAGGAGGUGAGAUAAAUCUAUGUCUGCUUCAACUUGAAUUCCUCAACUACUUGGACUUGAGCUACAAUAACUUUGAAACUGUGAGCAUGUCACCAUGCAAUUUCUCCAAAUCUCUUGUUGAUGAACACAAAUUUGACAACCGAUCACUUGCAACUCCUUCUAAUCGGUCAGCAAGUUUUUCUGUAGCUCUAUGGUUUCUUGAUUUUUCUAACAAUGAUGAGUUAGUCAUCAAUGAUCUUCAUUGGCUUUCUGAAUUUUCUUCCUUAAAAUAUCUUGACCUUAGCGGCAAUGAUCUAGGAAAUGAAACCAAAUGGCUCCAUUAUAUGGCCACGCUUCCUUUACUCUCUGAGUUACACUUGAGCGAUUGUGGAUUGAGCAAUUUUCCAUCCUUGAUUAUGUCAAUUUUACAUCACUUGAAGUUCUUGAUCUUUCUUUCAAUGAGAAUAUCAGCUCAGAAUUACAAGAUUCAUUCUUUAACAUCACCACUCACAUCUAUCAUCUUGACCUUGGCUCUUGCAAUUUCCAUGCUGACAUCUAAUAGGCUCAAAGGACCAAUUCCAGAUUGGUUAGGUCAAUUUGAACAGUUGCAAUACUUAGACUUAUCCUACAAUCAGUUGAAUGGCAAUCUUCCAGAAAACCUUGGAGAACUCCACAACUUAAAUCACUUAAACAUUGAGCACAAUUCUUGGUCCCUUGACUUGAGUUCGACAGGUUUCGAAUUUGAUAUUGAUCCUCAAUGGGUCCCACCAUUUCAACUUGAGGCAUUGCAAAUGCGUAACACAAGUAUGGGGCCUAAUGUUCCAAAAUGGUUAUAUACACAGCGGUUUCUAAAAGCUCUAGACAUUUCUAGAUCAGGAAUUUCAAUAAUUGAUGCAGAUGUGUUUUGGGGCUUUGUAGCAGAAAUAGCUUAUGUUGAUUUGUCGUACAACUUGAUUAGCGAAGACAUAUCCAAUAUCACGGUAUUAGCAAAUAUCUCUAAUAUCUUUGAUGCAUCUCACAACUCUUUGUCAGGAUCAAUUUUCUCGUUAUUGUGCCGUCUAGAGAGGAAUCGAGCAAGCAUGUUGAUUUAUUUGGACUUAUCAAAUAAUCAUUUGAGUGGUGAACUCCCUGAUUGCUGGGCCAAUUGGACAAAUUUAACAUACCUUAAUUUGGGGAGUAAUAGGCUAAAUGGUGAAAUUCCUCCGUCAAUGGCUUCGUUAAUGAAACUUCAAACACUCAACUUGAGUGAUAAUAGUUUCUUUGGCGAAUUUUCUUUAGACUUGACAAACUGGAAAGAUUUGGGAGACCUCCUCCUAGAGAAAAAUAAAUUUUCUGGAAAUUUGCCAAAUACAAUGCAACAAAAUUUGAUGGUUAUGAAAUUGAGGACCAAUCAAUUCACAGGCAAUAUUCCAUCACAGAUGUGCAACCUAUCUUCUUUGAGAAUAUUGGAUCUUUCUGAUAAUAACCUUUCUGGAUCUAUACCUCAUUGCCUAAAUAAUAUCAUGCGCUCAAUUCCUGAAAGUCUUGAUCUUAUGGGUGAGUUUCACUUAUUUGCUAAAGGAAGAGAAUUGGUUUACUAUAUGGAUGAGUUCUAUUUAAAAAUGAUUGAUUUUUCCAACAACAAUUUAUCUGGAGAAAUUCCUAAAGAAUUGUUUAAUUUGACUGAAAUGUGGUCCUUGAACUUGUCCCGAAAUCACUUGGUUGGAAAUAUUCCUAAAGAAAUUGGAGGCAUGAAAAGCUUGGAAUCUCUUGAUCUCAGCUAUAAUAGACUUUCUGGAGAAAUUCCUUCAACCAUCUCUAAUUUGUCUUUUCUCAAUUAUUUGAACCUCUCAUACAACAAUUUCGACGGACAAAUUCCAUUGGGAAAUCAAAUUCAAACUUUUGAUGCUUGGAGUUUUGUGGGCAAUCUUGAACUUUGCGGAGAUCCUCUUCCAAAGAAGUGCAACAUGAAAGAAGAAACUCACAAUUCAAAGACUGCUGACGGAAAUAAAGAUGACAACUUUCUAAAGUCAUUGUAUCUUGGGAUGGGGGUUGGAUUUGCAGUGGGCUUCUGGGGAAUUUGUGGUUCUCUCUUCCUCAUCAGGUCAUGGAGACACAAGUUUUUUCUAUGGUUUUAUCAUUUGGUAGAUCAACUUUAUGUUGCUGUGGUCCUCUGUUUUAAAAACUCCGAAUGA